AUGGUCGCUUCCCUCCCACCGGAAUACUUCGGCGGGUUGCCACAAGCCGCCCCUGCCCCUGCCCCCGCCUUCAGCCCCGGCAGCCUCGGCUCCCCCGUCGUGUUCGCGAAUGCUGCAGAUGGGAGCGCUGAGAGCAGCCAAGUGGGCAGCAUGGUCUGUCCCCUCCCACAGAAAUACUUCGGCGGGUUGCCGCCAGCCGCCCCCGGCCCCGCCUUCAGCCCCGGCAGCCUCGGCUCCCCCGUCGUGUUCGCGAAUGCUGCAGCCGCGGGAGCCCCGGGCCCCCCUCCGAGGGCAGCGGCGGCCACCAGGCCGAUGUUCUCUCUCGUCCCGCAGGAGACCUCCGCCUGGUCUGUCCCCACCACCAUCCAGCUCUCGCAAGCCGACUCGGUCUUCAGCCCCGCGCACGCGGCGGCCACUCGGAGGCGCAUGUUCCCCCUCACCCCCCAGGACGCAUCCGCCUGGUCUCUGCCCAGCCCCGUGCAGCUCUCGCAAGCCGACUCGGUCUUCAGCCCCGUAGGCAGCAUCGACCCCAUCUACUUCGGGCUCGCGGAGAGCGGCCCCAUUUCAGCGGGCGGCCUCGCAGAUUUCUCCGCUUACUCCCUCUACUCCCCCGCGGCCGCUUUCCCCGCCCAGGCUCCAGCACCGCCUCCCCUCCGGCAGAGGCCUGCCCCUUUUGUCCUGCAGCCCCCUCCGCCGGGAAGGAAGGGCCGGAAACCACCCUCGCCAGCCCCCGCCCCAAUGCCUCUGGCCCCGGCCCCGGACCUGCAGAGCCCCCAGGAACGCAAGGAGACCUCCCUGAAGACGGGCAGCGAUGCAAAAUCCGCAGAUGCCAGGGAGCGCCUUGUCGGGGAGAUCGCCUUCCAGCUGGACCGCAGGAUCCUCUCCAACAUCUUCCCCGACCGCAUCCGUCUCUACGGCUUCACGGUUUGCAACAUCCCCAAGAAAGUCGAGCAGAGCAGAAACGAUCCUUACAGCCAACUGAACGAACAGCAGGCCUCUGCCAUCAUGGAGCGCUAUAACGCCAUCAUGAAUCGCCUGAAGCCUUUGGGCUACAACCCAGACACUCACCCCAGGCGCACAGAGCAGGUGGUGAACACUUUUGGCAUCCUCCGGGAGCGGCCAGAGCCGACGGGUGCCGAAGCCGCCUCCUACAAUGACAUACAGAACCUGCAGAAUGUGGUGAGGGAGCUGGUUCCCCCGGAGAUGAAUGACGACUGCAUGCUGCUACUCAACUGCCUGCACCAGCUGUCGCAGGACGAUGGGAAGCCCUUGUUCAUCUGGUGA